AUGAAGAUGUCUAAGUUUACGCCAUUUACAAUUUGCAACAUUGGAGAUGUGCUGCAACAAUGUGAUGGCUCAGUCGGUGGCUUCCAAGAGCCACCGUUGCCACCACAGGCCACGGUGGGCCACGAGAUCGGACCCAAACGGACGGCCACCCCCUCCUCUUCCCUUCCCGAUCGAUCUCAGCCCAUGGGACCACCGGAGAUUGCCGGAAUUGCCAUAGAAUGGCCUAUUUUUGACAGAUUUUCUCUAGCUUCGUUCAAACGAUUUCGGGCACUAAUUCGGACGAGUGAGAUUAUGAUUUUCAAACCCACCAUAGGGUACCCCCCCAGUUGCCUUGAGAUAGUUUAUGCCCCACGAGUAUCGGGGACGCCUGAACCAUGUGGUGCGAGGAUUGCGGCUCAGGCUGACUAA